AUGCAGUUAUCCUUGACUUUCCGUUGCCCCAUUGUCCAAGAUGUGUUUGGGGCAGCGCGCAAUGUUCAGCGCCGAAGCGAUAUCUUCAACCUUACCAGUAAUGCAGAUCCUAAAUGUCGGACAAUACACAGAUUUGCGAGAGCAGUUGUUUAUCCCCGGAAAGGUCACCAUACGAGAUCCGGAAGAGCAAACGAGUUGCUGGAACCAGAUUUUCGGCAGGCCGUUAGUCAAAUUGGCAGUACCGGCGCUUCCCCUGUUUGUGCUCAACCGUCCUAUACGGCAGUCAUAUCGGAUACUAUAACACCCGGCACCUUCGUCCUGCGCGUUUCGGCUGUGGAUCCAGCCGGCGGCGCCGUACAGUAUUCGAUCCAAGACUCCGCGUUUCAGCGCUUCACCAUCAACGCCGGCACGGGUGACGUAACCGUUAGCACGGCACUGCAGAAUCGCCUCAGCACAAGGUCAGCCGUGGAGUUUCGUGUGCGGGCAACCCAGACCAGUGGAUCUCGUUUGUAUUGUGAAAGUACCGUCAGAGUAAACAUUAUUCCGUCUACAAGUUUUGGUGGUUCAAGGCUAAGCUUCACGCAGCCAGCGUACACCUUCAAUCCCGCCUGCACACCCGGUUCCGUGGCCGGCAGCGUCCAAGUGUCCGGCAACACGGCCGGUGUGACCUACAGUCUUUCAGGAGCGGCUUCGGGUUUUGCCAUUAAUCCUGUGUCCGGAGCGAUUACCAUUACGGGGCAACCAUCGGGAACAGCGUCGUUCAUAGUUUCUGCUACUGGUCCCGGGGGAUCAGGCACAGCGCAAGUGACGGUUAUAUGUGGAGGCGGUGGCUAUGCAGCAUACAGUGGUGGUCAGCCGGCUGCCGGUGGAUAUGCUUCGUAUUCGGGAGGUCAGCCGGCCAGCUAUGGUCCCGCACCAACUGGUCCCACUGGUUACGGAGGCGGCUCGACUGGAGGAUAUGUUAGUUCCGGUGGGAGUGGUUACGGUGGCGGCGGGAGUGUAACACCGUCCGGCGGCGGUUACGGUGGUGGCGGAUACAGCCCCGCUCCAUCCAGUGGCGGUUAUGGUGGAUCGUCUGGUGGAAGUUAUACUCCUCCAUCAAGUGGUGGUUACGGCGGAUCGUAUUCCAAUCCUCAACCCAGUUAUUACCAACCUCCACCAUCCCAGCCUCCAUCGUACCGUCCCAGCCAGCCAACAGGAUACGGUCAGCCGUCGCAGCCGAGUUACGGUCCCACUGCUUCCUAUUCUCAACCGGUUCCUCAAGUUUACGGAGCAUCCCCGCCAUCGUCAUACGGCGGAUACAGCUCACCUCCGAGCAGCGGCGGGUAUGGGCAGCCUCCAUCCUCUCCUCCGUCUUAUUAUUCCCCUCCGCCUCCAAGCUAUUCCGCGCCGCCACCGAGCUACUCAGCUCCCCCUCCAAGUUACUCGGCGCCCCCUCCAAGCUAUGCCGCUCCACCUCCAAGCUACGCCGCACCGCCUUCCUAUUCUGCGCCACAACCUAGUUACUAUCAACCGCCACCCGCUCCAUCGCCUGUGUCCUACUACCAGGCUCCCACUCCACAGGCCUACCAACCUCCGGCACCAACACCACAGGUCUAUGUACCCCCGGCGCCCGUCUCUCAGCCGGUUUACCAACCUCCUGCGCCGACACCGCAAAUUUACCAACCUCCACCAUCGGCGCCUCAGCCUCAGACCUAUCAGCCUCCAGCAUCCCCUCCAGCGGUUGUGUUUCCUCCAGCGCAGCCAGUUGCUCCCGCGCCUCCUAUCAUUCAAACAAUCCCGACUCCUCCGCCAUGCGUCCCCCCGACGUUUUCGCAACCAUCGUAUUCAUUCCAAGCGUCCAGCUGUAAUGCCGGGUCAUCGGUCGGAAGUGUCAUGGCUUCCGGCCAGGGGCCUCUUACAUACUCGAUGCAAGGCAGCUCUGCGUUUUCUGUCUCACCGCAGACUGGACAAAUUCUGCUGCUCGGCCCAUUAACAUCGAGCAGUCCGAGCCAAAUGACAGUGUCUGUCAGCGGCGCCUGUGGAACAGCUACCGCCUCGGUAGUAGCCAGUGGUAACUGCGCCCCAACACCGCCACCCUGUACUCCACCGACUUUCUCUCAAAGCUUCUACAACAUGUUCAUAUCGACAUGUACACCCGGUACGAAUGUCGGUAAUGUGCAGGCGACAAGUACUUCAGGAUCGGUCAGUUAUUCGCUUCAAGGCAGCUCUGCCAUGCAAAUUAACCCGAACACUGGUCAGAUACAGUUGAGCGGCCAGUUCAACGGUGGUAGCCAAACCGCCACGGUCUCGGCCACCGGAAGCUGUGGCAGCGCAACCGCUACUGUCACUGUAAACGCCAACUGCCAGCCGGCGACGCCAGCACCUCCGCCGCCCGCACCACCGGUCUUUGGACAGCCGUCGUAUUCCUUCUCCACUACCAACUGCCAACCAGGAACCACCAUUGGGACGAUCCAAGCAAGUAGCCCAGCAGGUCCCAGUGGUAUCACUUAUUCAUUGCAAGGUGCAGCACCGUUGUCUAUUAAUCCGACCACCGGAAUGAUUACCGCCGUGCAACAGCUGCCCUCGACAACGGCGCAGUUUACCGGACAAGCCAUGAGCCAGUUCGGAUCGGUGUCGGUGCCGAUUACCUUAAGUAUUUCAUGUGCUUCGCAACAACAAUCAUCUGGUCAGUCCGGCUACGGAGCACCAGCACAACCGCAAAUUAACAGUCCGGCGCCCGCGCAACAACAACAGUCCUGCAACCCACCGAAUUUCAGCCAAUCAUCGUAUACGUUUUUCAUCUAUACUUGUACGACCGGCGCUUCGGUCGGAGCGGUCACCGCAUCCGGUGGUAAUGUGCAAUAUUCGGUACAAGGAACAAACUUUUUCUCAAUGGACGCACAGGGUGGACAAUUGCGCACCAGUAAUUCCUUGCCCAGCAGUGGUUACCAGUCGUUUACGGUGGCCGCUACCAAUAACUGUGGAACCAGCACGGCCACCGCUACCGUCACGGCAUAUUGCCAAGCGCCUGCCGCACCGGCCACGCCACCGCCACCACCGCCCUGCAAUCUCCAGUUUCAACCCAACCAGUAUUCGUUUACCACAUCUAGCUGUACUUCUGGAACAACUGUUGGUAGUGUGUCGGCUGGUGGCUGCCCGGGUCAGGUGACCUAUACCGUGCAAGGGACCUCCAUGUUUAACAUCAACCAGCAGUCUGGGCAAGUGAUGAUUUCCGGUGCCGUGCCUCAGGGUGGCACGCAGUCUUUCUCGGUGCAGGCUAGUUCCGGUUCGUCAUCGACUACAGCGUUUGUCACUGUUACACUCUCAUGCGCCGCACCUGCGCCGCAACAGCAACAACAAAUCCAACAAGGAAUUUCUGGAUAUGGACGCCAAGUGCCAGGACCUUCUGCUAUACCAGCUUCGAUCGUCGCUAGUCCCCAGAUUGCCCAGUCCAUACCGGGAUCGGCUUCCUUUCCACAAUUCCCCGCACCUGGAGCCCAACCGCUCCAGCCGCCAAUGCCGGGUCAACAACAACCAGUGCAGCCAUCCGUACCCGGCACACCCCCGGCAUUUUUCAUUGGGCCAACACAGCAGUCGUUCUUCCAGCCACAAAAUGUCCCAGCCACCCCCUCCGGCGGACAGCCAGUAUUCCAGCAGAAUUCUUUCAUGUUCAAUACGGCAUCCUGUGCGCCCGGGACACCGGUGGGCAGUGUACAGGCGUCCACGAGCGGCGGAUCAGUUACCUAUUCCAUUCAGGGAUCACAACAAUUCUCCAUCAACUCGGCUACUGGUCAGAUUCAAAUUAAUGGUGGGAUAGCAUCAGGGACACAGGGAUUCACCGUCAUUGCUAGCAAUUCCAUCGGCUCGACAACCGCACAAGUGUUAGUAACCGCCUCCUGUGCAGCACCGGUCCAGAGCCUUCCAAAUCCGGUCGGACUGCCUGUCGCCAGUGCCCAGAUUGGUCUACCGGCACCGGGGCAAGGUCCCGUGUUUGCCGCCUCUCCAGCGUAUGGAGCUCCCCCUAGUUAUGCGGCACCACAACCCACCUAUUCGGCUCCACCAACAUACGCUGCACCACCAACUUAUGCAGCACCACCAACGUAUUCCGCACCGCCAACUUACGCAGCGCCGCCGACGUAUUCCGCUCCACCCAGCUAUGCACCCCAGCCGAGCUAUUCAGCACCGCCCUCUUAUGGAUAUGGUGCGGUAUCCGCUCCUCCGUCGUACAGUGCUCCGGCACAAGUACCGUCUUAUUAUGCGCCAGCGGUACAACUACCACCUUCAGCGGUAUACGUUGCUGCGUCAGCACCCAGACCCGUACCGUCGAGCUAUUCUGUUUCUUAUGGUCAGCCGUCUCCACCUAGUACAGCCGGAUACGGCGCACCGGGCCUUCCAGCCGCUCCAAGCAGCUCGUAUGGCGGCGGUGGAAUGGUGGCGUCGUACUCGGUUCCCAUGCCUUCUGUUGCCUACGGCGGCCCUAAUCCGGCAACCGGGUCUCGACAAAGUUACAGCGGUGGAACACCAGCGAGUUACGGUAGUACGCCAAUCGGCAGCUCAUACGGAGCGCCCAGUAGUGGUGGUUACGGCGGUACUCCACAACCCAGUGGAGGCGGUUACGGGGCUCCGCAGCCGAGCAGUGGUGGUUAUGGUACUCCGCAGCCGAGUGGAGGUGGUUACGGUACCCCACAACCAAGUGGAGGAGGUUACGGAGGCGGAAGUUCAGGAGGCGGUGGAUAUGGUGGAGGGUCAUCCGGUGGCGGAUAUGGAGGAGAUGGAGGUUACGGCGGCGGUGGCUACGGCUAUGGAGGUGGUGGAGGGCUGUCCUUUGCGCAACCGUCGUAUUAUUUCUACAUUUCCAGCUGCACCCCGGGUGCAUCUGUCGGCUUGGUGACCGCCACCACUUCGUCUGGCCAACCAACCUACUCGCUGCAAGGAAUGUCUGGCGCGUAUACCAUCAAUCCCCAGACUGGGCAAAUCACAUUAUCGGCGCCGAUUCAGACCGGUGUUCAGACAUUCACGAUAACCGCGUCCAGUGGGAGUGGUAACACCAUGACGGCGGUUACGGUGGUGGCGACCUGUGGUGGUGCCGGCGGAGUGUCGUUCAGUCAGCCAUCAUACCAAGCGACCGUCCAGUGUAGUGCCGGUCCGAAUGCCAUUAUUGGGCAGAUUACGGCAAUGAGCUCGACCAAUCGUCCUUUGGUUUAUGCUUCCACAUCGACGGACUUCUCCGUUGGUACGGACGGGACAGUGCGGACAUCCAAUGGUUUCUCUAGCUCCGGGAUGCGGUCGUUCGUUAUCACGGCAACAGAUUCGACCGGCGCUACCGCGUCUGCGAGUGUCACGGUAUCGAUUGUUGGUGCCUGCUCCGGAGGAUUUUCCAACGGAAUUAAUUGUGGUCAGCAGUUCUACACAGCCACCGUUUUUGAGUCUACGCCAGCAGGAACAACCGUUAUUCGCUUAAACGGCAGCAGUCUGAGCGGUAUACCGCUAUCCUGGUCAAUUGUGGACAAUCCACUGGGGCGGUUUACCAUUGACCCCAACACCGGUGUUCUUAGUGUGGCCGGCGUACUUACCAGGCGAUUUUUCCGGUCAGCCAUGGAGAUACGAAUUCGCGGCACUGACCAGUCCACAGGCGCGUUUUGUGAGACUACAGUGCGCAUAAAUGUGCUGCCGGACACGUUAAUCACAAUCGGCGGCGGCGGCGGCACACCUUCAACGAACAAUCCACCAAGGUUUACGCAAAACACCUAUUCGGUCAAUUUACCCUGCAGUUCGACAACUGGUAUCCUUGUUGGUACAGCAAACGCCUCGGAUCCGGACGGUAAUCCGAUUACCUACUCCAUGUCGUCAUCGCAAUUUACCAUCGACAGCAGUGGCAAUGUGCGCACCGCUGUACCGUUCAUUGGACCCUCGUCAUCGACAUCGUUUGUCAUUCUGGCCACGGACAACUUCGGAUCCAGUGGCAGUGCCACGGUGUCCGUUGCCGUGGUGGGCACGUGUACGGCCACGGCGCCUGGCCCAUCCCCCGGCGCUCCAGGGGUGGUGAUUGGCAACCGCGCACCGAUCUUCCCGCAAUCAACCUACACUUUCACCAUACCGUGUAGUCAAAACUCGGCCGCGUUAGUGGGCACAGUACCGGCAUUCGAUCCGGAUGGCGAUCCAGUCACUUACUCCGUAUCGUCAACGAUUUUCACAAUGGACUCUGCCGGCAACAUCCGCACAGCUAUACCACUAACAAACGGUGGCACAUCAACGAAUUUUGUAAUAGCCGCCACGGACAACAAAGGAGCAUCAACAACCUCUUCGGUCACGGUUUCCAUCUCCACAACUUGCUCAUCCACAUCCGGUAUCACCGGCAGUGUACUAUCGGUCUCACAAGGUCCAACAUGCGCCCAGAAUCUGUACACCGCCACGGUCCAGGAGAGUACCGCGGUGGGGACGUUUGUUCUGCGUGUCGGUGCCACCAGUCCGACCGGUUCCAAUAUUGUCUGGUCCAUACCGGAUAAUUCUCUCGGGCGAUUCACUAUCAACCCGACAACCGGAGACAUAUCCGUGGCUACUACGCUGGCUAGAAGAUGGCGUGCGGCUCUGGAAUUUCAAGUGCGCGGAACGGACACCUCCACGGGAUUGUACUGUACCUCGACCGUCCGCAUUAACAUUGCCGCCAACACUACAUCCGGCACCAGUACCAACAGUCCACAGUUUACCAGUCCAACGUACUUCCUGUCGACAUGCGCGACGCCCACUGUUGGUUCUUUCGUUGGAUUCAUAAUUGCAACUUCCCCAACUGGAUCAGCAAUUACAUAUUCUAUCACUCCGAACAACGAGUUCUCGAUCAACCCGACAACUGGUCAAGUGACCACGGCUGUCAGUCUCGCUAGCGCGGCGACAGGUCUACGUCUGAUAACUGUAACCGGCACUGACGCGACGGGCUUAUCAUCCACGGCUCAAGUGCAAAUUAACGUUGUACCGUGUGCCGUUUCGACAAUAACGGCCACCGCCAGUCCUGCCAACACCAGUCCUACUGCUGCCACGUGCCCUACAAGCGUUCCGGCCGGCACUUUUGUCAGUACUAUCCAGCAGACGGGUGGCACCGGGCCGUACACAUACAGCACAACAAACACAAACUACGCUGUCAGUACAGCGGGCAUCUUAACCACAGCAGCAGUUAUUACUGCCACUGGUACUGCACAGCUAGUCCCCGUGGUGGUCACGGACAGCACUGGCGCUACGGGCACCGUUACCGUAACAGUUACGAUAUGCGGUGCAACCAGCGCAACACCACGGGUGGUCAAUCCCACUAUCACGUUACCGUCGACAAAUCCGGCUUGCACAGCAGGAACCGGCAAUGUUGCGGCGAAUACGCAGAUUGGAACGGUGGUUUCCACGGGAGGUACCGCGCCGUAUACUUACACACUGACCAAUACAGACCCGCGGUUUACCAUUUCUACUGGUGGAACUAUUACGGCUUCUCAAGCCUUAACAGCACCCGGCACAUACACUACCAGUGUGACGGUAACGGACGCUAAUGGACAGACAUUCCAGCAAACCGAAACCCUAAUCUUGUGCGCGGCUGUACCGUCAAUAACAACCACUUCUAUCUGUUUCCCCAACACAGCCACUACGACGACAAUAGGUGCAUCAGGCACACCGGCUUCCGUUACUGCCACGGGCGGAUCGGGAACGUACACUUAUACUACCAGCAGCAGUCAAUUCGCGGUGUCUUCCACGGGCGUGGUUACAACUGCUACAGCCCUCGCCCCCGGUACAUACAGUGUGCCGAUAACUGUGACCGACAGUGCCGGUGCCACGCAGACCCAGGUGAUACCGGUGUUUGUCACGACCGCAGCGACCUGCCCAGCUGCCCUUGUGGCCACCAACCCCGGCACGGCCAAUACCGUUACCCCUCUUUGCUCCCUGGGAGCAGCAUCUGCGCCGGGUGAUGCCGCUGGAACGGCCAUUGCAUGGUUUACUGGCGGCACCGCACCGAUAACGUAUUCACCUACAACACCCAACGGAAACUUCAACAUAGACAGUACUUCCGGAGCAAUAACGUUGAAUACCAUCCUGGGAACCGGUCUUUACACGUACUCGAUAACGGCUACCGAUGCGAGUGGACAGACUGCCACAUCUAACGUUCAGAUAUCAAUCUGUGGCGGUACCGCUGCUCCAGGCGGUGGCGGCGGCGGUGGUGGUGGUGGCGACAUUGGUUAAAGAAUGCCGCUGAGCGAAAAUUUUUUUGAUUUUUUUGUAACCUGACUGGAAAGUUGUAAGUUUGCGCUCGAAAUGGCCGAAAUUGUUCUGUUUCGUGAAAAUGAGUUUUUCGUUAUAUGACGUGGUGUAUAAUAGUCCAUAGAUAUCCUUCGUUUUCCCUUGGCUGUAUACAGACCUUGCGAUCUUGUACAGCUAUCCGAACAGCACGUCGUGUAUGGUUAGUCCACCCCAGAUGCUGGUUGUCUGGACAGCUUAAUC